AUGUCUUCUGUCCCCUACCCCUCCUGUAUCAGCACUGUUGUCCUCUACUCAGCUGUCCCCUACCCCUCCUGUAUCAGCACUGUUGUCCUCUACUCAGCUGUCCCCUACCCCUCCUGUAUCAGCACUGUUGUCCUCUACUCAGCUGUCCCCUACCCCUCCUGUAUCAGCACUGUUGUCCUCUACUCAGCUGUCCCCUACCCCUCCUGUAUAAGCACUGUUGUCCUCUACUCAGCUGUCCCCUACCCCUCCUGUAUCAGCACUGUUGUCCUCUACUCAGCUGUCCCCUACCCCUCCUGUAUCAGCACUGUUGUCCUCUACUCAGCUGUCCCCUACCCCUCCUGUAUCAGCACUGUUGUCCUCUACUCAGCUGUCCCCUACCCCUCCUGUAUCAGCACUGUUGUCCUCUACUCAGCUGUCCCCUACCCCUCCUGUAUCAGCACUGUUGUCCUCUACUCAGCUGUCCCCUACCCCUCCUGUAUAAGCACUGUUGUCCUCUACUCAGCUGUCCCCUACCCCUCCUGUAUAAGCACUGUUGUCCUCUACUCAGCUGUCCCCUACCCCUCCUGUAUCAGCACUGUUGUCCUCUACUCAGCUGUCCCCUACCCCUCCUGUAUAAGCACUGUUGUCCUCUACUCAGCUGUCCCCUACGCCUCUGUUGUCCUCUACUCAGCUGCCCCCUACCCCGCUGUUGUCCUCUACUCAGCUGUCCCCUGCCCCUCUGUUGUCCUCUACUCAGCUGUCCCCUACCCCUCUGUUGUCCUCUACUCAGCUGUCCCCUACCCCUCUGUUGUCCUCUACUCAGCUGCCCCCUACCCCUCCUGUAUCAGCACUGUUGUCCUCUACUCAGCUGUCCCCUACCCCUCCUGUAUCAGCACUGUUGUCCUCUACUCAGCUGUCCCCUACCCCUCCUGUAUCAGCACUGUUGUCCUCUACUCAGCUGUCCCCUAUCCCUCCUGUAUCAGCACUGUUGUCCUCUACUCAGCUGUCCCCUACCCCUCCUGUAUAAGCACUGUUGUCCUCUACUCAGCUGUCCCCUACGCCUCUGUUGUCCUCUACUCAGCUGCCCCCUACCCCGCUGUUGUCCUCUACUCAGCUGUCCCCUACCCCUCUGUUGUCCUCUACUCAGCUGUCCCCUACCCCUCUGUUGUCCUCUACUCAGCUGUUCCCUUCCCCUCUGUUGUCCUCUACUCAGCUGUCCCCUACCCCUCCUGUAUCAGCACUGUUGUCCUCUACUCAGCUGUCCCCUACCCCUCCUGUAUCAGCACUGUUGUCCUCUACUCAGCUGUCCCCUACCCCUCCUGUAUCAGCACUGUUGUCCUCUACUCAGCUGUCCCCUACCCCUCUGUUGUCCUCUACUCAGCUGUUCCCUACCCCUCUGUUGUCCUCUACUCAGCUGUCCCCUACCCCUCUGUUGUCCUCUACUCAGCUGCCCCUACCCCUCCUGUAUCAGCACUGUUGUCCUCUACUCAGCUGUCCCCUACCCCUCUGUUGUCCUCUACUCAGCUGUCCCCUACCCCUCUGUUGUCCUCUACUCAGCUGUCCCCUACCCCUCUGUUGUCCUCUACUCAGCUGUUCCCUUCCCCUCUGUUGUCCUCUACUCAGCUGUCCCCUACCCCUCCUGUAUCAGCACUGUUGUCCUCUACUCAGCUGUCCCCUACCCCUCCUGUAUCAGCACUGUUGUCCACUACUCAGCUGUCCCCUACCCCUCCUGUAUCAGCACUGUUGUCCACUACUCAGCUAUCCCCUACCCCUCCUGUAUCAGCACUGUUGUCCUCUACUCAGCUGUCCCCUACCCCUCCUGUAUCAGCACUGUUGUCCUCUACUCAGCUGUCCCCUACCCCUCCUGUAUCAGCACUGCUGUCCUCUACUCAGCUGUCCCCUACCCCUUUGUUGUCCUCUACUCAGCUGUCCCCUACCCCUCCUGUAUCAGCACUGUUGUCCUCUUCUCAGCUGUCCCCUAACCCUCUGUUGUCCUCUACUCAGCUGUCCCCUACCCCUCUGUUGUCCUCUACUCAGCUGCCCCUACCCCUCCUGUAUGAGAGGUCUGGUCACCUCUCUGCUGUACAGAUCAGAGUAACACCCAUUUCCAAAUCUCAUCCUUAUCAGGCCAGCAAUGUUAACUCCGAUUAUUAUCAGACUUAUACCUGA